AUGGCAUCAAAAAUGACUCGAUAUCAAAGACACCGUAUGGCCGAAAAUUAUUUGGUCAUCUGGGUCGAUGGAAAUAUCGACAUGGCAAAUGAAGAUUGCCAAAAUUCAUUGGAACAAUUACGUGCUGUCGUCAAUCAAGUCAAUACGUGCACGACAGCUGAACAAUGUAUAGAACAGCUUAUGGAAAAUCAAGAGGAGAUCUCAUUUGUUAUCUCCUCAGGUGCACUUGGACAACACCUGGUACCAGACAUUCAUGAUAUGGCAAAAUUAAAUGCCAUUUUCAUAUUUUGUGGCAAUAAACAACGGCAUCAAGUAUGGGCGCAAAACUGGCCGAAAAUAAAAGGUGUUCACACAACAAUCAAACAUAUUUGCGACAAAUUGGCAACAGCAAUCAAACAAUACAAUCAAGAUCACAUGUCGGUAAGCAUUGUUAGUGUGAAUGCAGGAGGUUCUAGCAAGAAUCUAGAUCAGCUAGAACCUUCUUUUAUGUAUUCCCAAAUAUUCAAGGAAAUACUCCUUGAAAUCGAACAUGAUCAACAAGCCGUCCAAGAUUUGGUCACGUACUGCCAAGAACAAUAUCAAGGCAAUAAAAAGGAAAUCAAAAUUAUCAA